AUGGGCAUCCUAUAUGAUCCAGUGAUCCGGAUUGUUCUGAUGGGCAGUGAGGGUUCUGGGAAAAGCUCAUCGGGAAACACUAUACUGGGAGAAAAGAGGUUUAAAGUCCACAAACACAAGAAGAAAAAUGAAGCUGAAGUGUGUGAGGCUAAAACACAGAUGGGAGAGAAUCAGGUGCAUGUGAUUGAUUGUCCAGAUCUCCUGGAUCCAGAUCUGAAUAAAGAGAAGCUGGAGAUGAUGAAAGAGCAGCUGGUCUCUCUAUGUUCAGCAGGUCUCAGUGCGGUUCUGCUCACCGUUCCUCUAGAGGAACCUGUGCAAAAUGAGGAAGAGAUCCUGGAUUUUAUUAAGUGUUUAUUUGGUCCAGAAGUUCAGAAGUACAUCAUGAUUCUAUUCACACAUGAGGAUGAUCUGGAGGAUCUGGAUGAACCGCAGACCAUUGAUGAACAUCUACAAAACCAUGCAGAUCUCCUGCGACUGGUGACAGAAUGUGGAGGAAAGUUUCACUGUUUCAGUAACAGGAGUAAAUCUGACCGUCAGAAACAAGAACUACUGCAGAAGAUUGAAGGAAUGAUGAUGGAGAACAGAGGGAAAUUUACCUUGGAACAAAUGAGAAGAUCAAGCAUGGAUGAUCCUGGUACAAAGUUUUCAGGUGACAGUUCAACAGAUGAAGAUUUACAUGAGCAACAGAUUCCUGAGAGGAAAGAUCAGAUCCGGCUGGUUCUGCUGGGAAAAACUGGAUGUGGGAAAAGUGCCACAGGAAACACCAUCAUCGGCAGAAACGUGUUUCAGUCCUCCAUCAGUUCGAAGUCUCAGACGAAACAGUGUCAGUCAGAAACUACAGUGAGAUUUAGUAAAGAGAUCUCAGUGAUCGACACACCUGGACUUUAUGAUACUAAACUUGAUAAAGAGGAAAUUAUUAUGGAAAUAGUGAAAUGCAUAACGUUAUCCUCUCCUGGACCACAUGCUUUUAUUAUCAUCAUUAAAGCGGGUCGAUUCACCGAGGAGAAGAAAAAUACAGUAAAGGAGCUCAAAGAAGUAUUUGGAGAGCACAUCGAAAAACACACCAUGAUCCUCUUCACCCAUAAAGAUCAGUUAGGGGAGGAAAAUAAAACCAUUGAAGAGUUUCUCCAGAACGGUGAUCCAGAUCUUAAAAACCUUGUGGACAGUUGUGGAAACCGAUUCUUCUUUCUGAACAACAAGUCUGCCAGUUCCCCACAGUUCAAAGAUCUGAUCGGUAAAAUAGAGGCGAUGGUGGCAGAAAAUAGAGGGACGCACUUCACCAAUGACAUGUUUGAUGAAGCAGAGAAGUACAUUCAGGAGAUUCAGAAGGCAAAACUAGAUGAGAAAAUGAAUCAGCACAAACGGGAGCACAGACGGCUCACUCAAACAGAAUGGCAGAAAAUAUACUGGCGUUUAGUAGAAGAGUCACAACGAGAAGCUAAGCAAUAUUUUUCUGACCUUUUCAAAAGUCUGCAUAUUAUUCCUGAUUUAUACAUAUCAGAUCUAGCCCAGUUUACAGGGAAGAUAAGAGUGACCGAUGAGGAGAGAGCAAGUGCCAUAAAGGAGGCCCAGAGCAUAGGAAUUAGUCGUAGGAAGGCAGUUUUUCUUGCAUUCAGGGCUACAGGGACACUAGCAAAACAGAAGAUGUGUGUGAUUCAGUAAAAAUCAUAAUGAUCAGACACACAAUGUGCUAGGAGGUCAGUCCAUCUCAAGUAGUCCAGUGGAGGUUACUUGACCAUACUUGAACAAACUCAGAGUCAUUAUGCUGAUCAGUGUUGAUUCAGUUUAGUUCGAUUACUGUGUAAAGUUCAUUUAUUAUGAAACUAAUUUGAUUCAACUAUUAAGCAGAAAUGUAUAGCUCAAUGAGGGUCUUUAAAUCUGGAAAAAGUUGCUUCUUGGCAGUUGCAAAUAAAGAACAGCUGAUUAACAGUGUUUCUGUCAUACUGAAAGAAUGUCAAUAUAUAAAAACACAUUUUGAAUGCCUCUUUUGAAACACAUGCAGUAAGAGUUUGCCUUGAUGUUUUGACAGCGCUGCUCUGCUUGUGACUCAGGCUUGUGUACUUUGUCCAAUUUUUGAUAGUUUUUGAUGGUUAUGUGGCAUUUUAAGUGCUUUUUUAGUUUUAGUUUGUGUUUUUACCAUAUUGAAGAUGAUACUGGCACAGUUUUUGCUGCUACUGUUGAUCAGAAGGGAGAUUUUUGAGUUACACCUGCAUGCUCAGUCGAUGUGUUACGACUUUACUGUAAUAGAAAGGAGAUCUUUUACUGAGAGCUACAGGGACGAUGCCACGGAUGGACACACCUGACAGUGAUUUCAUUGGAAGCGACCUCGGAGAAGAGGAAAGAAAUGAGGAAUUCGACAACGUCUCCAGAACUGGGGAAAUAAACCACCACUGAUGUCCAUGAUAUGAGCAAUAUGCAGUCUCUAAGGAACAUAAUAGAGGAACUGUGCACAACUUGUUUACUUUGUCAAGAAUAUUGCAAGUCCUGCAUGAUUGUGUUUACAGAGACCUGACUGCACUGUGAUGUCCCCAACU